UUUUGCUAUUUGGGGUUUUUCACACCGCCGGUUGAAAUAGAAGGCCAGCUCCCUCUUGCUUUUACUUUCUCACUCGUCCGGCUUGCACUCUCACUGACACAUAUACACUGCUCCCUCCCUCUCUCUCUCUCUCUCUCCCUUGCACUCCCUCUCUCUAUGUCUCGCUCUCUUUUCUGAACUCGUUAUUCAUCCACUGUGUUUGUGUGACAGGGAGGGUGGGGACUUGGAGGGCAGCAGUACCAGUCACACUUUGUCAGUUUGCUCUCUCUCUAACUCCUCUCCCUCCUCUAUCUCUUUAACUCACUCCCUCUCCCUCCUCUCUCUCUCUCGUUGUCCCUCCCUCUCUCUCCAAAUCUCUCCCUCGACUGCUGUCCUGGCCCUUCUCUUCAUCAGGACAGGGAGAGCUAGCUAGCUGUUCUCUGCGGCGAACAGGACUUGGCAUCCACACUGGCAUCCAUUAGCCCGCUCUGAGGAGAACAGGAAGUAAACCACAGCAACGACGAGGUGAUUGGGUAGUGAUACCACAGGAGGAAGCUAGUCAAAAUGCUCCAGGACAUUGGUGCUAGAACCAUGGAGGUCUACGAGUUCCUCAUGAAGGGAACAGACCCGCGAUUGUGGGGCUACCCACUCAUGCAGAGUCCGGUGAACAUGACGGCCAUCUUGCUGACCUACAUCUUCUUCGUGCUGGUCGCUGGGCCUCGCUUCAUGGCCAACAGGAAGCCCUUUCAGCUCAAGGAGGCCAUGAUCACCUACAACUUUACCAUGGUGGCGAUGUCAACCUUUAUUGUCUAUGAGUUCUUGAUGUCUGGCUGGGCCACAACAUACACAUGGAGAUGUGACGCAAUUGAUUACUCGGACAGCCCCAAAGGCCUUAGAAUGGUUCGAGUGGCCUGGUUGUUCUUGUUCUCCAAAUUCAUUGAGCUCUUGGACACGGUGUUCUUCGUUCUGAGGAAGAAACACGGCCAGAUCACCUUCCUGCACGUCUUCCACCACUCCUUCAUGCCCUGGACCUGGUGGUGGGGCGUCAGCUUCGCUCCCGGGGGAAUGGGCUCUUUCCAUGCCAUGGUGAAUUCCAUCGUCCACAUCAUCAUGUACUCCUACUACGGCCUGUCUGCGGCUGGACCACGAUUCCAGAAGUUCCUCUGGUGGAAGAAGUACAUGACCGCCAUCCAGCUGGUUCAGUUUGUGAUGGUGUCACUUCACGCCACCCAGUAUUACUUCAUGAAGAGCUGUGACUACCAGGUCCCCCUGUUCAUCCACCUCAUCUGGAUGUACGGCACCUUCUUCUUUGUGCUCUUCUCCAACUUCUGGUACCAGGCUUACGUAAAGGGCAAGAGGUUGCCCAAGCAGGAUACCAAUCCCAGCCUCAACGACAAGGCCAACGGGACCACCUUGGUCGCCAAUGGCAAGUACCAUGAGAACAGUACCAGCAAUGGCACCAGCAACAGUUCCAGUCACCACAAAAAUGGCAGUGCCCAUGCAGGCAAAAUGAAGAAGUCCUAGGAUCUUCGGAAAAUAACACCCAAGACGCAUGAAUAUGAGAUCCCGCACAAACUACAAUGGAUUCCAAAUAAUGUUUUGGUUAUAUUUAUUUUCUGAUCGUUAAGUUUUAUUCCGCACAACAACCUGGGGAAAUGAUGUGGUCAAUGAUUUCCUCAGUUGGGGUCCCACAUUAACAGUUUUUUUCUUUAAAAUGGGAAACUAACUAUGGAACACAAUGUAUGAAGAGAAGACAUGUUAUUAUGACCUAAUGUUAUCUUCACUGAUGUUGCCAACGAAGACUACGAAGGUUACAUACUGUACGUACAUGUGCGCACAAACACCUGUCGCCACCCGAUCAUGUCCCUCUGACCCCCUGUAGACAGAUGACACUGUACAAUUUCUAUCAUCAAAUUUGAACACACCUUUGUAAAUAGUUUUACCGUCAAAAACAACUAAUGAAAUUGGUAUGCUGUUGGUAUGCUGUUAAAUUAAAUACCAAUAAAUUACAUUUUAUGUAA